CCCAUUUUCUUAGCUCUAUGGCCUUAGCCAGUAAGUUGACGCAUGCGUAUUGAAGACCAAGCGCUCUUACUCUUCGCCCAGCUCGUUCUCCUUAUACCAGUCGGUCGCCGUCUCCGCUGCUUGGGUGAUGGGCUGAGCUGGGAAAGUCCGCAGUUGUGGGCUGGCGGCAAGGAAGGCGGCGGCUUCUCUGUUCCCCCGAGCAUGGAGAGAGCCAUGGAGCAGCUCAACCGUCUUACCAGGUCCUUGCGCCGCGCCCGCACCGUCGAGUUGCCCGAGGAUAAUGAAACUGCCGUCUACACUUUAAUGCCAAUGGUAAUGGCUGACCAACACAGGUCUGUUUCAGAGUUGCUGUCAAAUUCAAAGUUUGAUGUGAAUUAUGCAUUUGGACGUGUGAAGAGGAGCUUGCUUCAUAUUGCAGCUAACUGUGGGUCAGUUGAAUGUCUAGUUCUCCUGUUAAAGAAAGGUGCAAACCCCAACUAUCAAGAUAUUUCAGGGUGUACUCCACUUCAUUUGGCUGCUAGAAAUGGCCAGAAGAAAUGCAUGAGCAAGCUUCUAGAAUAUACCGCUGAUGUCAAUAUUUGCAAUAAUGAGGGCCUGACAGCAAUCCAUUGGCUUGCUGUGAAUGGGCGAACUGAGUUGCUUCAUGAUCUUGUGCAGCAUGUUACCAACGUAGAUGUUGAAGAUUCAAUGGGACAGACAGCACUUCAUGUAGCAUGUCAAAAUGGCCACAAGACGACAGUUCAAUGUCUUCUAGACAGUGGUGCAGAUAUUAACAGACCCAAUGUUUCAGGAGCAACUCCACUCUACUUUGCUUGCAGUCAUGGCCAAAGAGACACUGCACAGAUUCUUCUAAUAAGAGGAGCCAAAUAUUUGCCAGACAAAAAUGGAGUCACUCCACUUGAUCUCUGUGUACAGGGUGGCUAUGGAGAGACUUGUGAAAUUCUAAUACAGCAUCAUCCUAGACUCUUCCAAAUGAUUAUUCAAAUGACACAAAAUGAAGAUCUCAGAGAAAACAUGUUGCGUCAAGUCCUAGAACACUUAUCUCAGCAGAAUGAAAACCAGUAUCUUAAAAUUUUGACUAGCCUUGCUGAGGUAGCUACAACAAAUGGUCACAAACUACUCAGCUUAUCAAGUAAUUAUGAAGCUCAAAUGAAGAGCCUGCUGAGGAUUGUGAGGAUUUUUUGUCAUGUCUUUCGCCUUGGGCCAUCCUCACCCAAUAAUGGAAAUGACAUGGGGUAUAAUGGAAAUAAAACUCCGAGAAGUCAAGCGUUCAAGGUCAGAAAAGUAAUUGACGUUAUUAGGAAGAUAGACCUUAAAGAGAUGAAUUUCACAAAGCAUGCAUUCAUUAAUCAGGCAUCUCAUGAGGAGGAUCCUCUGGAAUUACUCUGGCACUCAUUAGAUGAAUGGCUAGCUCUAAUAUCUGCAGAACUGAUUAAAAACAAAAGGGACUCUGCCAACAUUACUUCUAUUUUACUGAAGCAAAAGGGACGAGAUCAACAAGAUGGCACUCCUACACAUAUCUUUGAUGUGGCUCCAUCGGAAGGCAGGAAAAAGCUACCUGCGGAGAAGGGGGACCCUAAAAUGUAUGAAGUUGGCGGCGUGCAGGAAGCUUAUGCAGAUUGCCAGGAUGUUAUUUCUGUGACAGCAAACCGGCUGAGUGCUGUCAUUCAAGCAUUUUAUAUGUGUUGCUCCUGUCAGAUGCCUCAAGGAAUGACAUCUCCUCGCUUCAUAGAGUUUGUCUGCAAACACGACAAUGUUCUUAAAUGCUUUGUAAACCGAAAUCCCAAAAUUAUUUUUGAUCAUUUCCACUUUCUUCUUGAGUGUCCUGAGCUCAUGUCCAGAUUCAUGCAUAUCAUAAAAGCACAGCCCUUUAAAGAUCGCUGCGAAUGGUUUUAUGAGCACUUGCAUUCAGGACAGCCUGAUUCAGACAUGGUUCACAGGCCAGUCAGUGAAAAUGACAUUCUGUUGGUCCACAGAGAUUCUAUUUUUAGGAGCAGCUGUGAAGUUGUAUCUAAAGCAAAUUCUGCAAAGCUGAAACAGGGGAUUGCUGUCCGUUUCCAUGGUGAAGAAGGCAUGGGUCAAGGUGUGGUACGCGAGUGGUUUGAUAUUUUAUCCAAUGAAAUAGUUAACCCAGAUUAUGCCCUUUUUACUCAAUCAGCUGAUGGAACCACGUUCCAGCCAAAUAGCAACUCUUCUGUAAAUCCUGAUCACUUGAACUACUUCAGAUUUGCUGGACAGAUCUUGGGUUUAGCACUAAACCACAGGCAACUAGUCAACAUUUAUUUCACAAGGUCAUUCUACAAACAUAUUCUUGGUAUUCCUGUAAACUAUCAAGAUGUGGCAUCGAUUGAUCCAGAGUAUGGAAAGAACUUGCAGUGGAUUCUGGAUAAUGACAUCAGUGACUUGGGACUGGAGCUGACCUUCUCUGUUGAGACUGAUGUAUUUGGAGCAAUGGAGGAAGUGCCUUUGAAACCAGGCGGUGCAAGUAUAAUUGUCACACAGGAAAAUAAAGCCGAAUAUGUUCAACUUGUCACUGAGCUUCGAAUGACAAGAGCCAUUCAGCCUCAAAUAAAUGCUUUUCUCCAAGGCUUCCAUAUGUUCAUUCCACCUUCUCUGAUACAGCUAUUUGAUGAAUAUGAACUGGAACUGCUACUUUCAGGCAUGCCAGAAAUUGAUGUCAGUGACUGGAUAAAAAAUACAGAAUAUACAAGUGGUUAUGAAAGAGAUGACACAGUGAUUCAGUGGUUUUGGGAAGUUGUAGAAGAACUAAGUCAGGAAGAGCGAGUAUUAUUGUUGCAGUUUGUCACUGGGAGUUCCAGGGUACCCCAUGGUGGUUUUGCCCAUAUAAUGGGUGGCAGUGGAUUGCAAAAUUUCACAAUUGCUGCUGUGCCAUAUACACCAAAUCUUCUACCAACAUCAAGUACAUGUAUCAACAUGCUGAAGUUGCCUGAAUACCCCAGAAAAGAGAUCCUUAAGGACAGACUUCUUGUGGCAUUACACUGUGGAAGCUAUGGUUAUACAAUGGCAUAAUGAAGUCAGCGAAAGCCUUUGAUUACUGAUAUGCAAUUCAGAGUGGCAGAAGUAAUUUAGCAACCUGUCAAUAAGAAGAUGGUGAUGGUUGGAAAACAACUUGAUUUUGCAGUCUACAAGCAGGAUUGACUUUCUUCAGUUGCGAAGGAUCCAGCUUUUGCUGUAUGUCAUCCUAAGCCUGAGAUAACUCUUUCAUGGUAUAUGGAGUACAUUAUAGCUUCAAUUUUUAAAUGGUGGUUCUGUAUUAAGCAUGGCAUACUUCUCUCUUCCAUCUUUCUAACCAGAAUUUUCUUUCCCCAUUAUGAUUCCACCUGUUCUUAUUUUAACAGAUAUGCAACUUGGUGCUUGCCCUCCCACUCAAAUGCCAAUCAUUAAUGAGGGCUGCAGUCCACUAUACUGUAACAUGUGUUGAGUCAGGAUUUCUCAGACAUGGCCACCAGAUACUUCUGAUGCUGCCAGUCAGACACUAGCUUGCUCCAUUGAUUGUGUGGGAUAGGCAUGUCCUGUCGCCUUACCCAAGGGCUAUAGUUAAAGGAAAGUUUGACAGCCAGUGCACUCAGCUCCAUUUUUUCAUUGAAAUAAAGGGAAUACUAAGCAUAGGAAACUGGUGUGAGAUCUCAGCCGCUGUCUUUGACCAUGUAAAAAAGUGCCAUUUAUUUAUUUUCUCCAGGGAGCAUUGUACAGUGAGUUCAAAAUUAGUAUGCAAAAUACUAAAUGUAUUUUUUCUUGCUGACCUUACAGAAAAUAUCACAAAGAGGUUUUUUAGCUUUAUUGUAUUUUAAUACCUAUGUAAACAUUUUUAAAAGUUUAUCUCUUGUUAGUAAAGAAGUUUGACUUCUGGAAAAAAAUAAAUAUAAUUUAUAUUAUACAUUUCAAAUGUACAUCCUGUUCAAGCACCAUAGAAGUUCUAGUGACUUCAUGCCCCUUCAAAGUUUAUAUAUUUUAAAGGAAUGAGUCCUUUUAUUUGGGAGAUGCACUUUCUCAUGCCUGUGUGAAAAGUAUGCAUUAAAGUUAAAUAUUUUAUUGUGAUUUA